AUGCGUAUUCCACUACUACUACACUUACUACUACUGACGAUAGGGAUUCCCUACUCACUGACACUUUCUUGUCCUGAAGUAACUUUGUCCCAACGACCGAAACAUUGCAAGAAAGAGUGUAUAGCAGACGAGGAUUGCAAAAGAAACAAAAGAUGUAUGUGCGACGGAGAAUGUGGAUUGAGCUGUGUGAACCCCAUUGCCAUGUGUCACCCACUCCCUAGUAUUGAAAAUGGUUUUAUUAGAACUGCGGGGGACUUGAGAUUCGGAUCAAAUGCAGAAUAUGGUUGUGAUAAAGGAUACAUUCUGGUGGGAGCUAGUCAGAGAAGAUGUCAAGCGAACAAAGAAUGGAGUUCGUCUCAACCAGUCUGCCGAUUACAAUGUAUAUCACAUCUACUUGAAACAUCUAAUAGAGAAAUUUCAGUGAAGUGUGGGCCACCUCCAGAAAUACCGUUUGCAGUUCAUGAUGGCUCAUCGUUUUCUGGUGAAUAUGAUCUUGAUGCAGAAGUUGCAUACAACUGCAUACCAGGUUACCAUAAAUUCAAUGCAAAAGGGCUCUCAAUAUCGAAAUGUCUGCUCAAUCGGAAAAACGUCGCCCAAUGGUUUGGACCAGACUUAAGAUGCAAAGCCCGAGCUUGCCCUGACCCAGGAGAUAUCGAAAAUGGAAUGAGAGAAGGAGAUACAUUUGAGUAUCCACAUCAUGUGAAGUACUCAUGUAACCCAGGAUUUCUUCUUGUCGGGUCAAGUUCUCGUCAAUGCUCAAGUAAUGGAGAAUGGACAAAUGAGCCUGCCAACUGCAAAGCAACGGAAUGCUCACGACCAUCAAGUCCACUGCACGGAAAAGUUGUUGGAAGUUCUUUGACUUACCAAUCGGUUGUGACGUACUCCUGUGAUCAUGGCUAUCGUUUGGUAGGCCAAGUGCAAAGAAUUUGUUUAGCUGAAGGGAUUUGGGGUGGAAAUGAACCCAGAUGUGAAGAAAUCCGCUGUCCCAUACUGCCACCACUUCCCAACGGAUAUAUCGAGGGAAGUGAGACUUCAUUUGGGGCUGUUGCAGUUUUCAGGUGUCUUGAAACAAUGACACACGAAGGAGCAUCAAAAGCAAAAUGUAUGGAGGACGGACAAUGGAGUGCUCCUAUGCCGCGAUGUUUAGCUUCUUGCAAAGUUCCAAAUAUUCAAAACGGAAGGAUUAAAGAUAAAAAUGAAGGACAACUUAUUGCAUCAGGAUCGAAAGUAAUAGUGGAAUGCAACAAACAACAUGAAGCUAAUAUUGACGAGCGACUUAUUUGCAGCAAUUCGACGUGGUCCCAUGUUCCUGUUUGUAGUCCUUUGAGCUGCCAUAACUGGCCUCCCAGGGUACCACAUGCCAGGAUCUUGUUCUCUAAGUCUUCUCAUGGCUCAAUCGCAAAGUAUGAAUGCAAUAAUGGAUAUCACCCCAACAGAAACAAUCAAAUUAUUAAGUGCCUGUACGGAGAAUGGACAAAAGAUGGUCCGCCGAUGAAGUGUCUACCAAGUUGGUGUGAACAUCCCAGCAAAACAUAUGGAACACUUCCGGGAGGUCAAAUUCUUCUGGAAGGAAUUCUUGGCGCAUAUGAGUUUCAAAGUUAUAUACAGAAGGUUGAGGAGGGUCGAGCAAUUAGUUUUCAGUGCAGCAAAGGAAAUUAUUUGAUAGGUCCACCAAAAGCCACUUGUGUAAAUGGAGAAUGGAUGCCAAAAGUGUCACCAAAAUGUGUUUCGCAAACCCAUCCGAUGAUCGAAGGAAAAAUAUUGUGGGACCGUAAGAAACGAAGUUUGCCAAGUAGGGUAAAACGACAAAUUUCUGAUGAUGAGUCAUCGUAUAACCGUCAACUAUCAGGAAAGUGUGGAUUGGUGCCUGGAAAACUAGAAAGAAUGAUAAUGCAACAUUCGGAGAAUGGAAUUUCGGUGAUUUGCAGGGACGGAUACGAGUUUGCUAGCGAGAGAAUCAUUGGAAAGUCAACCUGUCUAGAUGGAAAGUGGCAACCUGAAAUAGCUGAAUGUAUUCCAAAAUCUUGUCGAGUCCCUAUUCGGCUCCAUGUAUUCUUUCUGAAAGCGGGUACUUCUCAAAUAUUGCAAUCGAAUGAUGUAGUGGAAGAUGGUACCACUGCUCAAAUGGCAUGUCUGCGAGGAUUCCAUUUGAGUGGGAAUGGUGUUUUGGAAUGUGUUAAAGGAGAAAUCAGAGAACAACUUGGUCAUUGUGUACCACAAGAGUGUGUGCUGUCUGAACUCAUAGUAGGAAAGUACAACACGACUGCUGAGACUAUCAAAAAUGGUGAAAGUGUGCUUCUGAUGUGUACUGGUACAAAUGUCACCAUCUCGUGUUCAAAGGGUAGCUUAAACCCAACACCUUCUUGUCAUGAAAAUGAAUCUCGUUUUUGUAUUGCACCUCAAGACACCACUCCUGCCAUCAUUUACAGAUAUCACGGGUUGAAGAAAACGCAUAUUGACAGAUAUCAGUCCGCUUAUCCAAAUGGAACUAUAUUUCAGUUUAAAUGUAACGAUAAGGAAGAAGCUGGUGGUAUCGAGUGUAUAAAUGGAGAAUGGGUUAGCAACUUGUUGCCUUGUGUCACAGCCAAUAUAACUGCCUGGAAGUCACCCACAAAUGAUGAAAUGUGUGCGCCGUUGAGGAUGGAGCCAAACCAAAAAAUAUUCAAUGUGGAAAAUUAUGUACCUCAUCCUCUGCAUCUUUUUGCACAUGGAACCAUAUUGAAUGUUGGCUGUUUGACUACCAGUGAUUCCGCGGAGACAGUCCCAAUCAAGUGCAGACGAGGGAAAUGGGGAUACAAAAAGAAAUUGAAUUGCUCGAGAAUUGAAACAAUCUGUACUUUGAAAAUGAACAUCAACUCCCAUACCGUCAUAUACCAUACACAAAAAAAGGAAACUGUACUUUUCAACCAAAAUUUUGAAUCUGGUUCGAAACUAUUAUUCCGAUGUGCUAAUAUCGGAUUAGAGCAAUUGCAUGGGAAGAAAGAGCUACUUUGUUAUAAUGGAGUGUGGAGUAGUCCUAUUCCUUAUUGCAUCCCUAUCCAAGCUAGCGGAACAAGUGUACCCAUAAAAUAUUCCGUCACUCAUGGUACACACGCAAUUUCAUCGAAAGGCGAACUGAUUGUCUCCAGAGCGGCCAAUGUGAAAUUGGCAUGUCUCACUGAGAAAGUGGCAUCGGAUCCAAUUUGGAAAGUCACUUCCACUUACCGCUCUUAUCCAACACAAUGGACGAAAGCAAAAACUGGAGAUUACGAUGAUAUUGAUGGAUUUGAAGUUACAAUAGCAAGUGCUCAACCAUUCGAUAGCGGAAUGCUUCAUUGCGUCUUGCCCAACGGUGCUCGCAAUUCUAUAAAACUGGUAGUCAACGAGGAUAAAUGCUCACUUCCAAUUUCUUCUCCAUAUCUUCAAACAGACUUGUCCAGUCCUACUCUGUUUGUCGGAACAGUCGCUCAGUUCUCUUGUCCAGCUGGUUAUUUCGUUGAAGGAAACUCAAUUUCAACUUGUCUAGAAGACGCUACUUGGAGCCAUACCGUUCCUAAAUGUGUUGCGGCGCAGUGUCCUGCAGUUUUUGUGAAUGGAACAAGGAUGACAGUAACUGUGACAUCUUAUAGAACUGGAGGAGUAGCACACUUCAAAUGUCAUAAAGGAUUCACACUAAUUGGAGAAAGAAACCUUCAUUGCACAAAUCAAGGAUCUUGGAGUCAUGACUUCCCCCAUUGCAACGUAGUCAACUGUCCACCUCUUCUUCCACCUGCAAAUGGUCACUUUAUCGGAGAGCCAAAGGAAAUCUACACAAAAGGAGACGUUGUUCUGCUUGGAUGCCUUCCGAACUACAUGUUGACCGGUGGAGACUUUGCUGUAUGCCAAGCUGACGGAGAAUGGAGCGAGAUCAAGACAAAAUGCGAUGGGUAUUGUAGACACCCAGGACAGCCUGAUCACGGAGCGACAACUACUAUUGCAAAAGAUUAUUAUUCCAUUGGUGAAAAGAUUGUAUUUUAUUGCCCUUCCCAAAAUUACAAACUAAGUUCCGACAAUGUUCUGAUUUGUACAUCACCUGGACAGUGGUCGCGACGUCUUCCACUUUGUCUGCCGUCGAAUUCUUGA